ACACAUGCAUUUCGGACAAUUUUGAAAGUUGGCCAAAUUGAGGGUCUCAGAGCAGAACUUCAAGUCACCUGAGUGUUUUUCGCAUAUAGGAAAUUCAUGCAAUGACACUUUUCGGCCACCAGGGGGCCUGUCCCCCCCCCCUUAAACUCCGCUUAUGAUUAACAUCUCAACUGCUUGUAGAACUUCUCCCCAUUUCUGCCUAUUUUCUGACAUGUUUAAAUUUACCCUAAACCCACUCAUUCCAAAAUGCAUAUGACUGUAUGAACCCUCACAUCACAACACUGAGCAUCACAUGAUAAUACCAGGAUCAAUGAUUCCCAACAAACAGAAUAAGUGACGCAUAACCUCUUUAAUGUAUUAUGAUGACAAGUGACAGCAGUGAAAAUGAAAGAAAUAGCACUCAAUCCAGCACUUUAACAUAUAUGAUUCAUAUUUUGUUGCGUGUGUGAGGUGUCUCUCAUCGGAAGUUAUUAGCUUCAUGACAUCAGCGCCUCCUCUCUGUGCCUUUGUUUGGCGUUUCCCUCGACCACGCCCCCUCGCUCUUCCUCCCAUAAAGUCGUGGGGCGUGAGCGAUCACAGUGGAAUUCCACGCUCUCCACGCUGUGGACAACAGGUGCACUCACUCUGGAUGAUGCACUGGUCGCCGCUUUGCACUUUGAAGCACUUUUUGCACAUUUUUCUAUCGUGAAAAUGCCUUUUCCACCUAUCAGUCUCCAGCAGAAGAUCCCUUCCCCCGCGAGGGAUUUAUUCGGCAAAAAGAAAACCAGUGGUGAGAAGAGGGACUCCGGGAAGGAGAAGCAGACCUCAACUUGGACGACGGUUAAUAUAAGAAAUUUGGGGCGCAGGACACAGCAGGAUAAGUGUAAAAUCCCCUCGCAGAAGGCCGUGCAGGGGAAAUCUUCCUGGCUGCCCGCGACCAAACCUCAGGACUCAACUCCGGCUUUAGUGAGGCGCUCCACCUCCGCCGAUAACGGCAGAUCGUUCGCAAGCAAAGAGGACUCAACCAAGAAGGAGAUCCAGUUCACACUCAGCCUCACGCCGGAGGCCAUCCUUGUCAUUCAGAAGAGAAAUUUGGAGAAACAGAUGCUGGCGAAGCAGCAGAAAUGCUGCGCUUCCACAGACUUCCGACACAGGCGCGUCUUCCCGUCCAAAAAAGCGUCGCAGGGGACUGCCAAAGUGGCGCAGGUUGCCAAAGUGGAUGAAGUGGAACAGGACAUAACGGCCAUCGUUAAAAUCUCGCUUUUGAAUGACCAACACAAGUAUGACGAUGUGGAGUAUGAGGAGGAGGACGGAGAUGUGGACGAGACAGUGAUGAGGAAGUGUAAAGAGUGGCUCAAGGGGGUUGAAAGUGCUGCUGCUUUGGGAAAAGUUGAUAAACAUUCCACACUACCGCACCUUAAAGGUUGCUCAUAGCUGGACUUAAGCCAUGAAGUUGACUCCUCUCAAUUAAUGUGCACUGAUGCAAUGAAAUCCCAACUCUUCAGGUUGUUUUCAUGUUACCUGAGGAAUGUCUCCUUGCUGCGGAAUACUUCCCAGAAUGACUCAAUGAGUUGCAUUUCAAGCUUAUUAUGCCUUUUUGAAUAAUUGUCUGAGGUUCGAAUUCUUUGCACAUGCGGGUUUGUUUCCAAGGUGCGCCUCCUGUGGAUUAAGCGGGGAUUUGCGCAAAAAAAAGCCCUGCUUUGUGUGCGAGAACAACACGAUGUCACCAAUUAGGUUUUAGACUGCUGCUAAAACCAAAUGUAUCUUUUAUUUCCCAUUAAAUAAGAUGUUUCUAUCAUCGAAUUGUACAGUAUUUAAUAUUUGAAAUUGAUAGUCAGUGCCAUUUAAAGUAAAGGGUUUUGUAUUCACCACACAGCUUCUAAAUAUGAACAUGAUUGUGCCUCUUUGUUUUAUGAUGUUGAUUUACUGUCAGUAUGACUUGUUGGAUAUGGGAGGCUCUUUGUUGCCAUUGUAGCUACCUGAGGCCAUUUGGGCAUUAGUGUACUAAUAAUAAGCCUCUUAGAUUUCCUGCUAAGCAGGGUUGACCAGUGUACUGUAGGGACCAAGUACUGGAACUGCAUCAGGAAAUUGCCUCAAAUUUUUGUAUUACCCAAGGAAACAAUGCACCUCACCAUGAGAUAGUCUCUUGAGACUUUUUUGUAACUCUAUACUGAAGUAUAUGUGUACAAUUUUCUGCAAUUAAUGCAAAGGUACUGUAUUUAUUGUUGAGCCCAACUAGGUCUCCUGACCAUGAAUCCAUGUGUUCCAUGAAUAGCGAGGACCGUCUCUUGUACCAGUGAUGGAUAUUUGAAGCUGAAUGCAAUCAAGCUUUGAGCCAUCUAAUAUCACUACAACAGAAAUUAUUACUGUACAUGCAAAUAUGAAUUGUGCAUUUGAAAACACUUCUGUUGAUCUCUGUACUUGGUACCCACUGCCAUAUAUUGUUGCUGUCCAAUGAAAAACAUUUUUCCCUUUAUCUAAAACAUAAGAUAAUCUUUAUUUUGUGCUCUGGUUAGAUAAAAGAGCAUUGAACGCUUAAAGUGUUUUUCAUUGGAAAGCUGAGAGCCACAAGGAGUUGAUAGGCUCAUUGUGUGCUUUUGUGUACUUGAAGGUCUGUCACACUAAUAAACUUUUUAUUAUGGUAGACCUGU